UUUGAAUCACAGGUCCAGGCAAUAGUGCCGGAGAUGAGUCCAGGACUGUUGAAAGAGCUGUAUGACAGAUAUAAAGACCACGAGGAUCCAGUGAUUAAAGCAGUCAACCACUACUUUGAGGAGGAUGCUUUCAAGCCAGAGCCCAUGGUUUACAUCCCACCACAGCCACAGGCUGUGGAAAGAGAUGGAACUCCAGGCUCUGAUGAAGAUGCUCUAUGGGGACCUUCCGGGCUUCCCAGACCAAAGGCAAGCAUGAUCGAAUCACUGACUCAAAAGCCAAUCCCAGAGUCGAUCAAAUGGAGAAGGUUUAUUGGAAGCCUACAAGUUACUGGCUGGGCGACGAGGCCAACAGUGAAGCCCAUACCAUAUGGUACUCGUCUCACGGUGACAAAGAGAUUUGCGGAUUUGUCCAACUUUACAAAGCGACGGAGGACCAAUGGUGCCUCUGGAUCCUAUGUUAAGCUGAUUAAGGAUAUAGAUGAUCCUUCAAAACGUCAAGAAGUUGGUAGACUGCCAGAAGAUAUAGCCUCGAUGCUUUACCAUUUGGUGGAUCAUGAUGUUUGCGAUUUCGAUGUGACAAUGGUGUUAUGCGAUGGAAGACUACAUACUGGUGAUUCCUUCAUUGUUCAGCUGGAUUGCUUCCUCACUUCAAAGAUAUUCGAAAAGUACAAGGCGAAGACAUCUGAAGAUGAUAUCAAGCUCGUGAGGCACAGAGGAUUUGAGAAUGGUGCGCAGGUGACACCAGAUGAGAAGCUGAAACGGGACCGACAGGUGGCGAUGUUCAAACUGUUCAACAGGCUGAACUUCGAGGUUGUUGACCCGGAUAAGGCACAUGAACCGGAACCGGAACCUGAAGAGGUUGAAGUUAUAGAUUUAGAGAGCGAUGACUUGGAUUUACAAGUGGCCAAGACAACACACCCAUCUACUCAAUCUGAAACAGACGAGAUGAAUCUGAACCAGCUGAAGGAAUUCUACAAGAGAACCCAGACUGAAAAGGUCCUUGAAACACUCCCAGAGACCGAGGUUGGAGAUAACUUCAAGCUGCAACUGAGAUCGUACCAGAAGCAAGGCCUGACGUGGAUGCUGAGAAGCGAACGGGAACUGGAGAGUAAUGAUGACUCCAGUGAGCUUAUGAAUCCACUGUGGAAGGCUUUCAAAUGGCCCAAGGAUAGAUCCUGGGUCGUGAUGCGUAAAGAAAGCUUGAGACCGAGGUUUGAAGGUCAAGACUCGUUUUAUGGUAAUCUCUACUCUGGAGAGUUCUCCCUAGAGAAGCCUAUAUUGAAAAACCAGUGCAAGGGUGGUAUCCUUGCGGAUGAAAUGGGUCUCGGUAAGACCAUUUCAACGUUGGCACUGAUCCACCAUACUCCUAGGGACAAGACGUUUGAUCUACAGAGCCCUUCCAGUUCAGCAUAUGCCUAUGCAACAACGUUGAUUAUUGUUCCAACUUCCCUGUUGUCGCAAUGGCAGGAUGAAUUCUUGAAAGCUAACAAUGAUAACUCAUCAGUGCUGGUGUACUACGGAUCAGACACAGGGAUCAACUUGAAGGACACGCUAUGCGUUCCAGAUCCACCUAUGGUGGUUUUGACGUCAUACGGGACAGUUCAGGCUGAGUGGUCAAAGAUGUCAGCUAAUGGGGGAAUCCUACACGGUUCAUUAUUCAGUGUUAAAUUCUUCAGGAUCGUCCUUGAUGAAGGCCAUAACAUAAGGAAUAGACUGAACAAGACAACAAAGGCAUGCUAUGAGCUGAAGAGUACGCGUAAAUGGCUGUUGACUGGUACACCAAUCAUCAACAGAUUAGAUGAUCUCUACUCACUAAUCAAGUUUCUGGAGCUGGAACCUUGGGCCAAUAUAUCAUAUUGGAACACGUUCAUCACUGUUCCAUUUGCAAAGAAGGACUACAAACAGGCAUUGGAUGUAGUACAGUCUAUCCUGGAACCCAUCUUGUUGAGACGAACGAAGAACAUGAAAAAGAACGGCAAACCACUAGUGGAACUGCCUGCUAAAGAGGUUGUCAUCGAGAAGGUCAAAUUUAGUCCGAAGGAGAGAAGACUAUAUGACUGGUUUCUUACGAGAGCAGAAUCCUCCGUUAAAGAUGGUAUCAAAAGAGGUGAUAUUCUCAGAAAAUACACGAUGAUUCUUGUCCAUAUCCUGAGGCUCAGACAAAUGUGUUGCCAUAUGGAUUUGCUCACAAGCUCGUCAGAGGAGAUGGACGAAGACUUGUCUUCGAAGAACUUGACACCUCUGGACAUACCAGCAGAACUGCUUUCUGACUCGGAAGCCUUCCCUCCAAAUGAAAUGAACAUCGCCAUCAACCACAUCCACAAGACAUACCUCAAUUUGAACGAAUUGGAAUGUGCUAUAUGCCUUGCGGAGCCAAUCACACCUUUUGAGGAGAUCUGCUUCACCGAAUGCGGCCAUUCCUUUUGCCUAGGCUGUCUAUUGGAGCACUGUAACUAUCAACAGCUACGAAACCAAACUCCCCAGUGUCCAAAUUGCAAGGCAGAGAUCUCAUCAUCCAGGCUGUUACAACCACAACGGACGAUCAAAGUCAACGAGCCUGGCUCCUAUUCUUUGCUUCCCUAUGCCAACUUAAGGUCGUCCAAGCUGAAUGCCCUGUUGUCACACCUGAGAAUGGUUAGGGAUACUUGUCCCAAUGAGAAAGUUGUUGUCUUCUCACAGUUUUCUUCGUUCCUGGACAUCAUGGAGAGUGUGUUCUCGAAGGAACCAGGAUUUGAGGUUUACAAGUUUGAUGGUCGUCUAAGCUUCGAGAAGAGGAAGAAAGUGCUGGAUAACUUCAAAUCAGCCAAUGACAAAGUCACAGUUCUUCUGCUGUCUCUGAAGGCCGGUGGUGUUGGACUAAACUUGACUGAGGCCUCUAGAGCAUAUAUGUGUGAUCCAUGGUGGUCUCCUAGUGUCGAGGACCAGGCCAUUGACCGUAUACAUAGAAUUGGCCAGAGUAACAAUGUCAAGGUGGUUAGGUUCAUAAUGGAGGGCAGUAUCGAGGAGAAGAUGCUAAAGAUCCAGGAGAGGAAGAGAACUAUUGGAGAGGCUGUCGAAGCCGAAGAAGAAGAGAGGAGAAAGAGAAGAGUGGAAGAGAUCCAGAUGUUGUUUGAG